GCUUGAAGAGGCACACCCACUCAGUGCGGAUGGAAGCGGCGUUAAGAGAGGAGGUGGGAUUUUAUGCUGCAGCUGUAGACGGAGUCCUGAUCAGCAGAUUUGCCACCAUGCCGCAAAGCUUUUCCCCGUGUCGAGAUAUGGACUAUGAUAAUGAACCUUUACUUUUUGAUGAGGAGAUUUGUCAGUAUCUCCUCAAAGACUUGGAUAUGAUCAAGUCGUCUCCCCCGUCACCCCUUCACAAGCAUGAUCCUGCAAAUGGCCUUUCUGACCUCCUUCCGUCUGAACAGUUUGAGUUUUUUUCCAAUCUGCUGUUUGAGGACCGAGAUAUGAAGGACAGCUUUGCUUGGGGCAGUGACUUCAUAGAUCUGCAUGGGAGCAAGGAUCGACAUGCCAGCACUGCCCUGUCUGAAGACUGCGUAUGGCACAGUGAAAGUGACAAAAGUACAGAUGAGCAACCCUCUUCAGUCCUGUCUUCUAGCCCCCUUGCUUCCAACAUUGAGGGGGAUAUCUUUGACCUGGCUGCAACUAGUCUAGAUUGUCACCAUGCUGGCACUGACUACACACAGUAUGAAGAGGACCUUCAGGAGAGUUUGGAGCAAAGUUCCUCUGAGGAUGACAGUUCCCUGUCUGCAGGAACAACUUCUAGCAGUGAUUCAGAUGGAGAAAUAGAUGUUGUCACCGUUGAAAAGAGCAACACUGUCAGAAGCACCUGUACUGCUGCAUCCAGUAGGUUAUCUACUAGGUUUCAGACCCAGAAAGCCAUGAAGAGACGCCACCUAGAGAUUCAGCUACAACACAAUUAUGCUGCACCUUGCCCCUCCCUCAAAAAAAAUGAGCCACAGCAUCACAAGAGACAAAAAAUUGACUCCUCCCGGACCUUCCUGGCAAGCAAAAGCCGCAUCUCAAGUACCAAAUCAUCAGACCUUGAAGAGGAGGAAAGGCGGCGGACACACAAUGUCAUGGAGAGACAAAGGAGAAAUGAACUUAAAAACUGCUUCCUUCGGUUAAGGGACAAUGUCCCUGAACUGUCCAAUAAUGACAAAGCAUCCAAGGUAAAUAUAUUAAAAAAGGCCCGGGAGUGUAUCCGAAGCCUUGAGACGAACAAUCAGAAACUGUCAAAAAAAAGAGACAAGCUUCAAAACAGACAGGAGCAACUGAAGAACCGGCUAGAACAGCUGCAGAGGCUGGCAUAAAGUGGCAUCACUCCAGGUGGUGAGUGGAUAGAAAGACCGAUCUGGGUCUUGUGGCUAAGUAAAGACAUUUUGGCCCAAGUAAUGCAGUUCACUGAGGCCUGAGAGUUUAAUUUCUUGGAGUUCAUCUUGAAAUUUGAGAAACGUAUUGUUGCUCCAUACUUCUUCUAGCAAAGAACAUUAUACUUUCAAUCCUUGGUUUUGUAUGAAUGAGGAAAAAAUGAACUGUAAAUAAACGGUCUUUGAUCAGAAAGACUUUAUCAGUUAUGUUCCUGUAAGGAGCUUGCUUUGACUGGAACCAUGCAUGCCACCUAAAGUUCGAAGAUAUAUAAGGGGCACAGUGACACUGCUUUUCUUUGAUAAAAAGAACUUAAUUCUUUGCCUUUAAGUUUUCUCCCCCAAUACCCCACCCCCAAGAAAAUCUUUGGGAUAGAUGAGGAUGCAGUGUUUUUCCACAGCACUUUGGGCUAUAUUUUGAAUUUGUUGUCCUGGGUCAUGCAUGUCCAAAGUGCAUGUCUGUCCUGUCUUUCCACGUUUCUCUUUUUUUCCUCUUGACAGUUUUGGGAAUAAGGGAGACCGAAGUUUAGAAUCUCUUGGACUGUUCAUUCCAAGCUGCACAAGGAUUAUUGCAAUUUUUUUUAUAUAAACAUGUUUGGGGUGAGCUGUGUUUUAGAAAAACUCUUCUACCUCAUCUAGUUAAGCAGUCUUGGAUAAUUUUUUUUGAAAAGUCAGCUUUCUACUGCCUACAAACAGUAAAAGUUUAACUAUACAUUUAUUUGUAUAAGAGCAAUUUUAUUUUCAUACCAAAUCAAUGUAGAUUU